AUGGCCACCGCCAGGACCGUGAUCACGGGCUCCAAUGGCGAUGCGCCCGCCCUGGGGACUGUCUUUGACGGCCUGAGCUUCUUCCUCGUCCAGCGAGUCCCAGCACGACCUCGAUUCAUCGCCGACAUCGAAGCGAACGGCGGCCGCGUUGUCAAACUCGAAUCCCAAGCGGACUACAUCAUAGCAGAUCACGCGCGCAAAGAUGCGCCAGGAGGCAGCUAUUCGUACACCCUCAUAGAAGACGCAAUCCGCAAUGGCGAGAUGCCCGAUCCCGCCGAACAUAUCGCAGGCCGAUCAGUCGGCGAGGUGAGGCCUGUGGGCUCGGGGGCGCCAGCGAAGAAGACACGGAACAAAUUCACCGCGGAAGAGGAUAGGAUACUGUGGCAAUGGGUGGAGAGGUGCAAGGCAGAGGGUGCAUCGAUCAAGGGCAACGAUCUCUACAAGAAACUCGAAGUCCUCCACCCCGAACACACAUACCAGGCAUGGCGCGAUCACUACUUGAAAAAGCUGAUGGACCGGCCUCCACCAGGUGCACAGGUGACAGUCUCAGCAAACCCGCCGCCAAGUCCGCCAGAAGAUACAGCCGAGACUGAAGAGCAAGCGAAAUCCAAUCCACGACACUCGAAGCGGAAAGUGGAAUUGGAAACACACGACGACAAGCCGGAACUUCAUCAAGAGGAACCGGUAGACUUCAAUGAAGAAGACUUUGCUCUUCUACUGGAGAAUGCAGGCGAUAUUGAGACAUUAAUACCAGGUACAUAUGGGGAAGCCUGGGAGGCUUGGGCACGAUCGCGCGAGACACACAGCGCGACAGCAUGGCGAUCGUUUUAUGAAAACAAUGUUCGACCAAUAUACUUGAAAGAACUCGACAAGGAACGAGAUGCGGAAGAUCGGCAUUCUGCUGGCCGCAAGGAACCUGCCGAAACACCCUCCAAGCGUAAGCGAGGCCUUUCGAGUUCACCAGUAGAACCUGGCUCACGCUCUAAACGACGCAGAGCUGAAUCGUCUGGUCCCCCCGACCCCAAUCCUGAGCAGGGUCCCGAGGAACUCAGAGCCGCUGAAAUGCAACCGCGGGUGGAGGAUGAGGCAAUUGUUGACGAUCUCCCCAUACCAAGUGCGACAUCGAACUCAAGAAACGCCGAGGGCGCUGCGCAUGAGGAAACCAUGAGCACUGACCAUGAUCCGCAAGAUCCACGAUCCCAGUUCGAUGGAGCUGCCGAAUUACCACGCCAGUCUGAAGGUCAUCCCGUGAUUGCACAGAGCACCGGGGGAAACAUUCGAUCUGAUCAGUUUCUCACUUCGGAGGCCAACCGCGCUGCUGAGUCGCAGCUUCUAGGUAGAAUCGCUGACGCGGCCUCAGCAGCGGGUGACAUGACCGCUUCGGAUAGCAUUCGAACUCCUCAGGGCGAGGAUGCUCUUCAAGAUAAUGUGCAAACAUCAGAGGGCAAUCUUCAAGCAGACGUGCAAAUGCAUGAUGAGCAAAGUGCCGAUUCUGCGGCUCAGCCGAACAUGGGGGCCGCUGAACCUGCAACUGACGCAACGAAGCAGCAAGCCUCUGAUGGAAGUCGGCCAGGCGCCCCGGAGAAGAUGCUUGAGACUCUUCAGAGAAUCAAUCAACAACAGAGCUCGAGAGAUGACCCUCCUGAUGCCGAACGAAUGCAGCGUGUGCAGCCUGACUGGACCGAAGCCGAGGACGAAGUAGUGCUGAGAGGUACUGGGCAGAACUGGAACGCGAAGAAAGUCAUUGAUAACCUACCUGCUGGCAGCAUGCGAACAGUGAGCGCGGUUAGAGCACGGCGAUCAAUACUUGUGGAAGAACAGCGGGAUGAUCACGUUUUGUAUUCUCAAAACCAACCGGAGAACGCUUACUCAGCAUGGAGCAAGCCUGAGGACGACGUGGUGCUCAAAGGAAUGCGACUGCAUUGGGAAGCCCGGCGGAUAUUCGACAACCUACCCCAUGCCACAAAUCGCACUACGACAGAUGUCCGGAAUCGACGAGCGAUAUUGAGGAAUAAGUAUGGAGACAAACUUCUACUUGUCAACAGCGACGACGAGAGUAGCAGUAGUGGAGAGAGCCAGCUCAACAAGGAUGAUCAAGGCGAAGGCGAGGAGGAAGAAGAUGUCGUACCGCUCGCAAACGUGCCAGCAGCCCCUGCUAUUACCAGCGCGAAGAUGGACAGCUCUGCGAUCCCCACAAGCCAACGUCUAACUGCUGCUAAUUUGGCUCAACAUUACAAGACUUACCAGCCUCGCGGUGCUGACCUUGAGGAGGAGGAUGACGAGAAAGACCAAUUUGAGUACAUUAGAUCGCUUCAAGGCAUUCUCGGGACCACACAAGGCGCCGAAGUGCUUGAAUUUGAGAAAGAAGAUGACGUCGCUGCGCAAGACGAAAUUGAUGAUCCAGAAGGAGGCGCCUUUGAUGGGGAGUUGCCAAUGUCUUCGGACCAAGAAAUCCAGGACGUAUUCGAAGAUGGCUUGAAAUGGCCAGCGUCACCUGAGCAACGCCAAAAACAGCCAGAAGGUCUAGAACGCCGAUUCGAGACGCAGGUAUCUUACCCAAAACUUCCGCAACAAUCACAAGAAAGCGAUCUCCAGUUUUCGAGCCAGCCGUUGCUGUCUCAACUUCAUCAAAUUCAUCCUCCGCAUGGAGGUGAGCAACUACGAGUGCAAGAUCCCAGCUACCCGCAGGAGGACGCUCUCAAUGAAAUUGCUGCUGAUGAAGAGGGUGGUUUGCUUGCUCAAGGUGACGAAGAGGGCGAUGUCGAAGACGGAUUCGAUGAGUUCAUCGACCUGUCUAUUCCUGAGCCACAGGGUGGGUGGGAAGAUGAGCCAGACCAGCAAGUCGCGCAAGACGCUGGAGCCGCCGGACAAGACCAAGCCGAGCCGAUCGAAAUUACCUCCAGCUCAUCCGAAAGCUCCUCUUACCAUGGCUCUGAGGAUGGAGAUCGAACGCUUACGCAAAGUCACGCUCAUGCUGUCGAAACGCAAGACAUUCUGAAUGCGGAGACUCAGGCGCCUGACCUGAGCAUGCUACUUCCACCAGAUAUAGAAGACGACAUGGGGGAGGAGGAAGACUUUGGAGAGCCAAGACCUCGCCCUCGACAGCAGCGUGUGAGCAGCGGCGGUAGUGGCCUCUUCGUCUCACAACAGGAAUCUGAACCUGGACCCGAGUCCCAGACAAGCACCCCUGAUCUCGACGCCUGGAUCGCCACGAUGGAAGUCCGAGGAUUCAAAACAUCGGACGUCAUUCGAGCUCUGAAAUGUACUUCCAUGGAUCCUGACCUGGCGGAACUGAUUUUGCGAGAGGAAAAGGCCGGUAUGGGGUUUCCGAAAGAUGUUCCGGGCAUUUGGUCCGAGGACGAAGAUAGGGUAUUGGAAGGGGGGAAUGCGAUUGCUAUCAAGGCAUUGGUGAAAAAGCAUGGUUGGGACGGAUAUGAUGCGAGGAGGGAGUUCUUGGAGGAGUAUAGAGCCGAGUGA